CCGCACGACACGACAGUUCAAUGUUUCUAGCACUGUGGCGGCGAGCUAUCUGAUGUGACAACUCUGGGCACGGCGAGCUUUGGCUUGCCCGCUAAUUUGAGACCCCGGCAGCUUGAACGCAGCAUCAUGCACCAUGUACAUACAGACACCACCCUGGCUCAGGCAUCGUUUCCGCGGUGUGGCCUCUGCACCCAGUUGCGACUUGGGCAGUAUCAACCGGAGGAGCAUGCCGGCCAGCUCUACUCUCCUGGAUGGACUGAAGAGAAGAAGAUGCCUGUAAUACUUGCAAGCAGGAGCAGAAGAAACAGGCCCACCCCAGACCUCUUCCACGCUCAAAGGGGACAAGGCCUGAUGCCCUCUAAGCAUCCAUUGCCACGAGCCAAUAUGCAGCAGAAUCCACAGUGCGAUCGCUUACUUAUCCGCUGGCGGUCACAACUCUAUUUCCGUUUCCGCGGUCUUCUGUUUGCCGAUGGUAGGGAAGAAGAGGAAGAAGAACAAGAAUGCCUAGCAAGGACAUGCUGCCAAACUGAAUAUGGACACUGGUGUGAGUGUGAGCCGUCGGCCUGCGCUUGGCUCACCGACAAAACAAGACCUUGAACAGAGAGUCUCGUACUCUGUACUCCGUACUCCAUAUAAUUUCCAGUUGUUGUUGUGGACACUUGCUUUCCAUCCUGGGGUAGCAGUGCCGAUAUCAGUCGAGUAUUUUGCGGAAAUAGCACGAAAUGUACUCCGUAACUGG